ACCAGCAGCCACAAGCCCACAACAAUGCAACGCCUCCAAAACCGUCUCCUUUCCUCCCUCCGCGCCGCCUUCUCCCUCCGCCGCCGUCUCUUCCUCUGUACCACCGCCACAUCACCGGCCCCCUUCGUCGCCGAGAGCUACCUCGUCGCCAACUGUGGCCUCACACCAUCGCAAGCCCUCAAAGCCUCGAAAUCCCUCUCCAACCUCAAGAGCUCCGACCAGCUCGACGCCGUCCGCGCCUUCCUCGCCGAUCUCAGCCUCUCCAAAGCCGAUGUCGCCUCCACCAUCGCCCGGAGCCCUCGGUUCCUCUGCUGCAACGUGGAACAAACGCUCGCCCCCCGCGUCUCCCAGCUCCGCGACAUCGGUCUCUCCACUCCCCAGAUCGCCCGCCUCGCCCCUCUCGCCCCCGGCGUCUUUGUCAGCCCCGCGCACGCCUCCCGCCUCGCGUUCUACAUGUCCUUCUUGGGCUCCUUCGAUAAGGUGCACGCCGCCAUCAGGAGGAACACCCAGCUCCUCAGCCGGAGCCUCGAGAGCGCGGUCAAGCCAAACAUCGUGUUACUGCGUCAAUGCGGCUUAGCUGUUCGUGAUAUUGCCCAGGUGUUCGUCCUGGUCCCGCGGCUGCUUGCCGGAUCCCAGGAGCGUCUCAAGGCCGUCAUAGCGCGCGCCGAGGAUCUCGGCGUGCCCCGGGGCACACCAAUGUUCCGUUACGCCCUCGUCGUGGCAUACUCUGUCCGGCUGGAGAGCGCCACCGCCAAGAUGGAGCUGCUGAAGUCGCUCGGCUGGUCCAGCUGUCAGGUGGCGAUGGCGGUGGCCAAGAUGCCGUCCAUAUUGAGUAGUUCCGAGGACCGGCUGCGGCGUGCGGUGGAUUUCCUCACCAAGGAGGCUGGCGUAGAGGUGGAGGCCAUCGCGCGGGCACCAGCGAUGCUCAAGUUCAGCAUCGAGGGGAGGCUGGUACCCCGGCUCAACGUGCUGAAGCUUCUCAAGGAGAAGGGGCUGCCGGGGGGCGACCGGGGCUUCUACAACGCGGUCUGCAUGAGCGACGAGACGUUUCUGAAUACCUUUGUGCGUCCUAACGAGGCGAGCCUCCCACCCGGCCUCACUGAUGCUCACGCUGCUGCCCUUGCUGGGAAAGCACCGACCAGAGCUGCAUCGUGAGAAGCCUGGUUGCAAAUGGCAGCUCGAUGGCCAUUUGGAGGGGGAAAUGAACGAUGAUGCUACGUUCGCGCUUUACAGGAGUGCAAGCUUCAGCAUCCGGUGCUUUUCUGAAAACGGCGAACAUGAUCCGCUAGUCAGUUACUCGGCACUGUGGUGAAACAGGAAGUACUGAAGUGAUGAUCCUCAUGGACCAUUUCUUGAAGUAUACUGCCCAUAUUUACUCACCAAACUCCUCCUAUUUUUUCGAGGAAUCGGAGGCUGAUACUGUUGAACAAAUGGCGAGUCAUUCCUUCUCCUUUUUCUCGAGUGAGAACAAAUAGAGAAACGGGUUGAGUGGUUUCGGCCUAGAGAAAUGGACUAAUCGAGCCUACUACUUCUUCCGUUCGCAGGCCGAGCCAUGUUGGGCCGGGCCAAGCCCACAUCGAAACAAAGAAGGCCCGUACACCCGACACAUCACUCCACUAACCCACUCCAGCAGAAUCAUCACCUCCACUCGGAUCCGUAUUCCCUGCCUUUCGGCAGAAACAGUGCCUCCGCCUUUACCCUUGCUAGUCGUUGGAUCAA